AUUAUUAACUCUAUAAGAAAUCCAUGCCCCCUGUACACCUUCACUGACUGCAUUUGUCAGCUUUUAAAAACUUUUUACCCAGGACUUUUGGACGGCGGGGUGUGGGAGGAAUGCUGAUUUGGUUCAAAUCAAUUCAUUCACUGUGAAUGUUCGUUCAGUAAGAACCUUGGAACUGCUAUUAGCACGACAGGUGGAUUUAAGCUCCUAGCCACAGAAAUGGAUUCUGGAAAGAAGCUUUCCGGAACCCUAGCAUUGGCGGUGUUCACCGCUACGCUUGGGUCCUUGCAGUAUGGAUAUGGCCUUGGCGUCAUCAACGCGCCCCAGAAGGUCAUAGAGAAGCAUUAUGGGCGCUCACUUGGUGUCCUACCACAGAACUUCACUCGCUCCCUCAAUAGCACUGAAGAUGAGGAGCCCCAUCCUUUAGUUGUCAUGUAUUGGUCCCUCUCCGUGGCAAUCUUUUCCAUUGGGGGCGUGUGCUCUUCCUUCCUGGUGGGUUUUGUGGGAGACCUACGGGGCAGGGUAAAAGGGAUGCUGAUGGUGAAUGUCCUGGCCAUUGCCGGAGGCCUGCUCAUGGGCCUGUCCAUACUGGGAAAGCCUCACCUCAUGGUGAUCUCAGGCCGCGCCGUGAUGGGACUUUACUGCGGCCUGUCCUCUGGGCUGGUGCCCUUGUACAUUGGGGAGAUCGCGCCCGUGGAGUAUCGAGGCGCACUGGGAACGCUCCACCAGCUGGCCAUCGUCACGGGCAUCCUUAUCAGUCAGGUCAUCGGGCUGGACUUCCUGUUGGGCAAUGACGCAAUGUGGCCGCUGCUGCUGGGCCUGUCCGGGGCGCCGGCUGUUCUCCAGAGCCUCCUGCUGCCCCUGUGCCCCGAGAGCCCCCGCUACCUCUACAUCAAGCUGGGCAAAGAGGAGGAAGCCCGCAAGAGCCUGAAGAGGUUAAAGGGGGAGUAUGACCCUUCCGAAGACAUCGCAGGGAUGAAGAAAGAGAAGGACCAGGUCAUGAGGGAGGAGCAGGUGUCCAUUUUGAAGCUGGUGCGCUCCUCUCAGUACCGCCAGCAGCUGCUUGUGGCCCUGAUGAUGCACCUGUCCCAGCAGUUCUCUGGGAUCAAUGCUAUAUUUUAUUACUCUACCGCCAUCUUCCACAAGGCGGGCAUCACCCAGCCCGUGUACGCAACCAUCGGGGUGGGCGUCAUAAACACCAUUUUCACCAUGGUUUCGGUGGUGCUGGUUGACCGUGCGGGCAGACGGACAUUGACUCUGAUUGGAUAUGGGGGGAUGUGCUGCUGUGCAGUCACCAUGUCUGUUGGCCUGGUCUUCCUGUCGACCUUCGCCUGGAUGAGCUACGUGAGCAUGACGGCCAUCUUCCUGUUCGUCUGCUUCUUCGAGAUUGGCCCGGGGCCUAUCCCGUGGUUCAUCGUGGCAGAGCUCUUCAGCCAGGGCCCCCGUCCGGCUGCCAUGGCCCUGGCCGGCUUCUGCAACUGGAGCUGCAACUUCGUCAUCGGGAUGUCCUUCCCGUACAUCGAGGCUCUGUGUGGAAGCUAUGUCUUCCUUAUCUUCGGCGCGAUCCUAUUCGGUUCCACUGUCUUCACGUACUUCCGCGUCCCGGAGACAAAGGGAAAGACUUUCGAGGAGAUCGCGGCUGAGUUCCACCACCGGCACCACCAUCCACCUCCCGACUCCAGUGCCGCCACAGAGCUGGAGCUGCUCAAGUCCUCCACAGAGGCUUGAGGACUGUUACAACCAUGAGGCAGCGCUGCUUUUCACAGCUAUGUCUGUUACGACCUUAUCAGUGUUCAUUUUAAUAACCCUUAUAUUUUCGGAAUCUUUUCAUAAAUUAUCAAAGUUUCGACGAAGGAUAGUUAGUGACCGCAUCUUUUGAAUUAUUUGAAGUUGCAUUUUACAAAAUGAUUUCAUAAUUACAGUAUUAUUCUGUAUCCAGCACUGCAAGCAGUGGAGUUUAGUUGUCCAGCACAAUAACCGCACAGCUGUGCUUUGGAUGAUGCACUUGCUGGGUGUGCCUGUCCAAGUCGACAGAGGAACUUGUAGCAAUGGGUCGGGCCUUCAAUUGCCAUUGGACAUUCCAAAUUUGAGAAAGGAUUAAAGAUUGGGGGUAACGAUAGUUUAAAAAAUAUAUUUAAAUGCAUAUUUUAGAUGUUGUGUCAAAAGGAAUUGAUGUCAUGUACAUGUUAGGGUAAUGUGCAGUUACACUAACCUGGAUGACAUUUUUUUUCCUUUCUUUUUCUCUUUUUUUUGCUUUUUUGCUGAGGAAUAUAACCUAGUAUGCUGUCCAUAAACCUUUUCUGUUAUCAGAAUGAUAUUAACAUAUGCUUAUUUCACAGGUUUUUUUCUGUAGCACAUGUGGGCUUUACCUAGGAAUUAAUUCAAAGCCAAUUUAAUGAGCACUGUCCUUCUCUCCCAACGAUCAGCUACAAUGCCCUCCAUAAUGUUUGGGACAAAGACAUUAUUUUCUGGAUUUAGCUCUGUACUCCACUAUUUUAUAUUUGUAAUCAAACUACAUUGUUAAAA